AGGCGGAUACGGAAACUUUUCAGUCUUAGAUGUAUCUGCGAAUCAUUCCUAUCUCGAUGAUAAUCAAAUGAGGGGUCGAACGGAUGGGACGACGAUGUCGCAGAUUAGACGUUUGACUACCUCGGAGUUGUAUCCAUCGAAGGUAAGAAUGAAAGGUGAUGCGAUAAAGAAGUUAUAAAAAGUGUGCAGGUAAACACUCUAUAGUUUAUUGUUUGUCAAAACAAGUCUUCAUUAUCUCAACCGUUUUCAUACAUAGUACAUAUUUUAAAGUGCACAACUGAUGUUGAGAUCCUACAUCGAUUUCAAUAAUCUUUCAAUUAUAAGAGUUGGGCAAUAUGUGGAGAGAAUUGGAUGUCGGUGUCAUUGGUGGCGGAAUAGGUAAGCAUUUAUCGCCUUUGCAGUCGUCCAUGAAAAGCUAAUCAGUCUGGUGGUAAAGGUGGUCUUGCUGCUGCCACAAGUUUACGACAAGCCGGCCACCGAGUCACAAUAUAUGAACGAGCGGAUUUCGCUGGAGAAGUUGGUGCUUCUAUAUCAUGCGCGGCAAAUGGUACGAAGUGGCUUGAAGAAUGGGGCGUUAAUAUUCCAAUCGGGCGACCAGUGGUAUUAGAAAAGCUGAUAUCGCAUGAUUGGAAAACGGGGGAGGUACAAAAUGUAUACGAUUUAGCCGAUUACAAGGCUAGAUGGGGAUACGUUUAUAACAUGUUCCACCGAGUCAACAUGCAUGAGAUGUUGAUGGACUCAGCUACAGGACAGAGCCAUACGGGUAUACCAGCAAUCUUAAAGUGCAAUUACAAAUGCGCAGAAAUCGAUCAUGAACAGGGCGUUGCGACUUUUGAGAAUGGUGUGCAAGCCAAACAUGAUCUAAUUAUUGGAGCAGAUGGAAUUGGGUCACAAGUACGAAAGACUUUGGGAAUUGUGCCAGAUCGACAAUUAUCUACAUCUACAUGCUUGCACUGCAUUAUCGAGACAAAAGAUGCGAGAAGAUUAGGACUCAAAGAUCUAUCGCCGAAUAAUGCCAUUGAGUUUUGGGGGGGACAAGGCAUUCACAAGAUUGUGUUCUCACCGUGCCGAGACGGAGAGGUCCACUCAUUCUACUGUUUUUUUCCGACAAAUGAAAGUCCUCAUGCCGGUGAAGGCUGGAAUAUCAACCUUACCGUUGAGGAUAUCCUUAGACCAUUUCCGGACCUCGACCCCGAGCUUCUUGCAUUAUUCAAGAAUUCAACCGACGUGAAACCAUGGAGAUUAUUUGUUCAUCAACCAUAUCCACAUUGGCAAAAGGGGUCUACUUGUAUCCUUGGUGAUGCAGCGCACCCUAUGCUUCCUGACCAAAGUCAAGGGGCAUGUCAGGCUUUGGAAGACGCUGCUGCGCUGGGUAUAAUUUUCGGGCAGAAAUACGAAUUUGCAAAUUCGAAAGCCAGCAUCAACGAUGGUCUAAAGUUAUACGAGCAAAUUCGUAAACCUAGAGCUUCUCAGGUACAAGCGGCUAGUGCUCGUGCCAGGGUGAAUAUCAACGAACGCAUUGGAUUUUCAUCGAAUACUACCAACCCAAACUACAAAGUAUUGGAUGAGAAGAAAAAAUUGACGAUCGAGGAGAUGAAUGAAUACGAUAUGUAUUUGGAUAUUGAGAGGACAGUUCAGGGUGUACAGCCAGAGUUGGAAAUGAGGGCCAGCUUGUAAACUUAUGCGGUUUGCAGUUUUUGAGGAGCACAUUAAGGAGUACUUUUGAUUUUUGGAUAUCCUACUUUGUACUAUUUGCCAAUAUUUAGCCUUGUUUAGAAUUUUAUGAUAUUUACAUUACUGGAACUCUCUCUUAAAGGAGUAU